AUGUCUCCACUUCUGAGAAGCAUCUUCAAUAUCACUGAAAUGUUCAAUCAAUAUGCCUCACAUGAUUGUGAUGGGGCAGCACUAAGCAAAAAAGACCUGAAGAACCUCCUUGAAAGGGAAUUUGGAGAUGUCCUUCGGAGACCACAUGACCCUGAGACAGUAGAUCUGAUCCUGGAACUUCUAGAUCGAGACUGUAACGGGCUCAUCGAUUUCAAUGAAUUCCUCCUGUUCGUUUUCAAGGUAGCUCAAGCUUGUUAUUAUGCUCUCAGUCAGGCCUCCGGGCUGGAUGAGAAGAGGGCCAAGUGUGAGGGAAGGGAGAACCCAUUACAAGAACCCAGGCAAGAGGACCAAAGGAGAUUUGAGCCCCAGGACAGACAAUUAGAAGAACGCAGGCAGAAAAGGCAAGAACUGGAGCGGGAACUCGUUGAGGAAGAGAAGCAGCGGCUGCAGAGGCGAGAACGGGAAGAGCGCCUUGAGGAGGAAGAGCAUCUGCAGGGGCGCAAGGGUCGGGAGCUAGAGAAAUUUUCUAACCAAGAGCAAAGCCAAGAGAGGCGGGAGCAGCGAGAACUCCAGAAGGAAGAGCAGCUGCAAAGGCUAGAGCGCCAAGAGCAACGGGAGCGGGCGCUCCAGGAAGAGGAGCAGUUGGAACCGCAGAGACUCAAGGAGACGCGCUUGCCGCAGGAGCUGAGGCGCAUGCAAGAGAGACGCGAGCAACAACUGAGGCGCGAGGAGCAGCGCUUGGAGCAGGAACUGCGGCUCGAGCAGGAGGAAAGACAUGAGCAAGAGCUAAGGCGCCAGCAGGAGGAAAGACGUGAGCAAGAACUGAGGCGCGAGGAGCCCCGCUUGGAGCAGGAGCUGAGGCGCCAGCAGGAAGAAGGGCGCAAACAGGAGCUGAGGCGGGAGCAGGAGGAGAGACGCCAGCAGCUGAGGCGCGAGCAGGAGAGACGCGCGCAAGAAGUGAGGCGCGAGGAGCAGCGCUUGGAGCAGGAACCGCAACUCGAACAGGAAGAAAGACGUGAGCAAGAACUGAGGCGCGAGGAGCCCCGUUUGGAGCAGGAGCUGAGGUGGGAGCAGGAGGAAAGGCUCAAACAGGAGCUGAGGCGGGAGCAGGAGGAGAGAUGCCAGCAGCUGAGGCGCGAGGAGCCCCGCUUGGAGCAGGAGCUGAGGCGUGAGCAGCAGCUGAGGCGUGAGCAGCAGGAAAGACGCGAGCAGGAGCUGAGGCGCGAGGAACAGCGCUUGGAGCAGGAGCUGAGGCGCGAGCAGAAGAGACGAGAGCAAAAACUGAGGCGCGAGGAGCCCCGCUUGGAGCAGGAGCUGAGGCGCGAGCAGCAGCUAAGUCGUGAGCAGGAGGAAAGACUCGAGCAGGAGCUGAGGCAGGAGCAGGAGGAGAGACGCCAGCAACUGAGGCGAGAGGAGCAGCGCUUGGAGCAAGAGCUGAGGCGCGAGCAGCAGAUGAGGCAGGAGCAGGAGGAGAGACGCGAGCAGCUGAGGCGCGAGGAGCAGCGCUUGGAGCAGCAGCUCAGGCGCGAGCAGGAGCUGAGGCGCGAGGAGCCGCGCUUGGAGCAGGAGGAGAGACUCGAGCAGCAGCUGAGACGCGAGCAGGAGGAGAGACGCGAGCAGCUGAGGCGCGAGGAGCAGCGCUUGGAGCAGCAGCUCAGGCGCGAGCAGGAGCUGAGGCGCGAGGAGCCGCGCUUGGAGCAGGAGGAGAGACUCGAGCAGCAGCUGAGACGCGAGCAGGAGGAGAGACGCGAGCAGCUGAGGCGCGAGGAGCAGCGCUUGGAGCAGCAGCUCAGGCGCAAGCAGCAGCUGGCUGAGGAGGCGGUGGAACAGGAAGAGGCCCAAGAGCGGGGCAAGAGCCGCACCCCAAGGUGGCAGUGGCAGCUCGAAAGUGAGGCAGAAGCUCGUCAAAGCAAAGUCUACUCCAGGCCCUGCUGGCAGGAGCAGAAGCACUGCCCGGAGCGGGAGAAGAGGCGGCGCCAGGAGCGCGAGCGGCAACUCCGGGAGCAGGAGGAGGACGGCCAAUGGCAGUGGCAGGCUGAGAAAGAGAGCGAGAGGCGCCGCCAGAAGCUGUCGGCCAGGCCCGCGUCGCAAGAGCUGCGGGCGGAGGAGCGGCAGGCGCGGGAGCUGUUCUGUGAAGAGGAGGAGCAGCGCCCCCAGCGACUCGAGAGGGAGCAGGAGCAGCAGGUCCGUAAGGAGAAGCAGCUCCAGUUGGAGGAAAGCUUCCAAGAGGACCGGGAGAGGAAGCUACACCAGGAAGAGCAGCGCCACGACCAAAAAUGGAGGUGGCAAGCAGAUGAGGAAAGCCAGAGACGCCGCCACAUAGUGUACGCCAAGCCAGCUGAACGAGAGCAGCUGAGGGAAGAAGAGCAGCUGCAGAGGGAGGAACGCGAAAAGAGGCGCCGCCAGGAGCAGGAGACACAAUAUCGGGAGGAAGAGCAGCUGCAGAGGGAGGAACGCGAAAAGAGGCGCCGCCAGGAGCUGGAGAAACAAUAUCGGGAGGAAGAGCAGCUGCAGCAGGAAGAAGAGCAGCUGCAGAGGGAGGAACGCGAGAAGAGGCGCCGCCAGGAGCGGGAGAGACAAUAUCGGGAGGAAAAGCAGCUGCAGCAGGAGGAAGAGCAGCUGCAGAGGGAAAGGAGGCGUGAACAGCGCGACAGGCAGUAUCUGGAGGAUGAAGAGCUGCAGCGCCUAGACGGGAAGCGGCAAUUCCAGGAUGACGAUCAGCGCGGUGAUCUGAAAUGGCAGUGGCAACCAGAAAAAGAAAAUGAAGUUCGUAAUCAUCGGGUUUACUCCAAACGCAGAGAGAACGAAGAAAAGAUUCAGGAGGACGACAAGAAGUUCCGCCAGGAGUUGCAGCUUCUGCAGGAAAGGGAAGAACAGCUGCGCCGCCAGGAGCGCGACAGAAAGUUCCGCGAGGAAGAACAGCAGCUGCGCCGCAGGGAACGUGAGCAACAGCUUCGCCAGGAGCGAGACAGAAAGUUCUGCGAGGAGGAGCAGCUCCUGAAGGAAAGGGAGGAACAGCUGCGCCGCCAGGAGCGCGACAGAAAGUUCCUCGAGGAAGAACAGCAGCUGCGCCGCAGGGAACGUGAGCAACAGCUUCGCCAGGAGCGCGACAGAAAGUUCCGCGAGGAGGAGCAGCUCCUGCAGGAAAGGGAGGAACCGCUGCGCCGCCGGGAACGCGACAGAAAGUUCCGUGAGGAGGAGCAGCUCCUGCAGGAAAGGGAGGAACAGCUGCGCCGCCGGGAACGCGACAGAAAGUUCCGUGAGGAGGAGCAGCUCCUGCAGGAAAGGGAGGAACAGCUGCGCCGCCAGGAGCGCGACAGAAAGUUCCGCGAGGAAGAACAGCAGCUGCGCCGCAGGGAACGUGAGCAACAGCUUCGCCAGGAGCGCGACAGAAAGUUCCGCGAGGAGGAGCAGCUCCUGCAGGAAAGGGAGGAACAGCUGCGCCGCCGGGAACGCGACAGAAAGUUCCGUGAGGAGGAGCAGCUCCUGCAGGAAAGGGAGGAACAGCUGCGCCGCCAGGAGCGCGACAGAAAGUUCCGCGAGGAAGAACAGCAGCUGCGCCGCAGGGAACGUGAGCAACAGCUUCGCCAGGAGCGCGACAGAAAGUUCCGCGAGGAGGAACAGCUGCGCCGCCAAGAGCGCGACAGACAGUUCCGUGAGGAAGAACAGGAGCUGCGUCCCAGGGAACGUGAGCAACAGCUUCGCCAGGAGCGCGACAGAAAGUUCCGCGAGGAGGACCAGCUCCUGCAGGAAAGGCAGGAACAGCUGCGCCGCCAGGAACGCGACAGAAAGUUCCGUGAGGAGGAGCAGCUCCUGCAGGAAAGGGAAGAACAGCUGCGCUGCCAAGAGCGCGACAGAAAGUUCCGUGAGGAAGAACAGGAGCUGCCUCGCAGGGAACGUGAGCAACAGCUUCUCCAGGAGCGCGACAGAAAGUUUCGCGAGGAGGAACAGCUCCUGCAGGAAAGGGAAGAACAGCUGCGCCGCCAGGAGCGCGACAGGAAGUUUUGGGAGGAGGAACAGCUCCUGCAGGGAAGAGAACAGCUGCGCCGCCAGGGGCGUGACAGAAACUUCCCGGAGGAAGAACAGGAGCUGCGUCGCAGGGAACGUGAGCAACAGCUUCGCCAGGAGCGCGACAGAAAGUUCCGCGAGGAGGAGCAGCUCCUGCAGGAAAGGGAAGAACAGCUGCGCCGCCAGCAGGAGGAGCAGCAGAGGCGCCGUGGCCAAGUCUCGGAGAAAGGAGACAUGGGCCGUCAGCAGUCUCUGGAGCCUGGCAAGCGUCAGUUUGCCAGUGUCCCGGUGCGCUCCAGCCCUCUCUAUGAGUACAUCCAAGAGCAGAGAUCUCAGUACCGCCCAUAGGAGAUGCUGCCAAUAUCCGGACACCUACAAAAGCUUCCAGCAAAAGAAAAAGAGGAACACUGGAUAACA